AUGGCCACAUUCCAUUUGUUCACAAGUAUUAUCGAGAUUUCUUUCUUGCAACAGGAGAGAAUCGAACGAAAGAUAAACAGUCUACGUCCGCCACUGGAAUCUGACGUUCUAUACAAUGAGGAGCAGCAACGGGAUUUAGAUGAGGUCGGAAUCGAUUACAGUGACCUAUCACCGUUACUUCGCGAUUCAUCGGGUGUAUUACACCAGGAGGAACCAAAGACUACUCAGAUCCCGGUGUUUCAGACGACCCUCUGUCCACGAGUCACCAAAUUCCACGAAAAGGGUUUCAAAAUAUUACAACACAAACUUGACGAGACAAACCAUCAACGCAGCCAGCUUUCACGCAGGCUAUACGAGAUGGAGACCAUGCUCCCGGACCUAGUCAAGCAGAACUACGAAUCUAUUCGAAAAGACCCAAACGGGUACAUGCGAAAGGAGUUGGUGAAGGAUUGUGCCGAUCGAGGUGGAUGUUGCGGUCACCGAUUGCGGAUGUUGUGCAGCGCGUGCCAAAAAUGUUUAUAA